CUACAUGGUUGGGUAAAAAGUUUUUAUUUUUCGUAGUUGUUGUACUGAGUGGUGUUGAUGAUAGAUUUGGCUUCAUAUGGGUACUACUACGAUGCAAUUUUUAAGUUUUUCUUUGGCAGUGUUUUUAAGCCUUGGUGUUCAUGACGGCAUUUGGACUGUUGAUGGCUAUAGCUUUGUCAGCAAUGCAGGCAAUCCUGGAUAUUAUAACCCUGAUAUACCAAAAGAUGGUCGACCCAUGCAGGAUGAUGUUAAACUACAACGUUUUUACACCUGGUAUGGCCCAGGAGAUGUUGCUGGACCAAUCAGGCCUCGGAGUUCUAGGAAUAUAAUUUAUAGUGCUGCAGUUAAUGGAGGCUAUGGUUCUGGAAGCUACAAUUCUCAGACUAGCUCUUCAGGUGGUCCAGUGACCAGUGGAAGUUCUGGUUCAGACACUAGAAGCCAGCUUCAGGACUCUCAACGUGCUUCAGUUGGAAGUGGUAGUCUUGUGGGUAGUGCAGCAGGUAUGGGCAUGUCAGGGUAUGGUGUAAGUCGGUCAGUUAGUAUUCAAGGCUCUGACACUAUCCGUUCUUCCAUGGUCUUGAUGCCAUUGCAAAGUAGUGAUUCUGUUCCUAAGCCAGAGCAGCUAAUGUACCAAAUUCCUCUGCAGACCAGCAAUGACUCUGUGGCAGAGCCCGGCAGUCAAACGCUAGUGCAGACAAUCUCCCAAUCCAGUGGUCCGCAAUCAGGACAAGCCAGCUCUGGAACCAUGGCCCAGUCUAGCACCCUGCAGUUAACCCAGACCGGUGGCCAACAAUUGGCACAGGCCAGCUCCCAGUCUGCAAGGCAGUCAAAUAGAGGGCCCCUUGAGCCUCAGAGAGAUCGACUUUGGCAAACUGGUUCUAGGCUUUUUUCAGGUUCCAGGCCAGUUCAGGAUGCAAGCGUUGGGUAUUUCAAGCCUUUGCCCCCCAAAAAUGAAUCCAUGUCACUGCCUAGCUACCAAAUAGUGCAACACAGCAGUGAGUUGAACAGCCCUCAGCUAGCUCAGGCUAGCUAUGCACUUAUGAGUCCGUCAUCCCGCCAGCAAUUAGCCCAAUCCAGUGGCCAGCAACCAGUACAAACUAGCUAUGAAACUGUAGCUCAACCAAGCAGCCAGCAACUUGCACCGGUCAUCCAGCCUAGCAGUGAGCAACCGGCACAAAUCAGCUUUCAAUCUGUGGCCCAGGGCAGUAGCCAUCUAGCACAAACCAGCUACCCAUCUGUGGCUCAGCCCAGUGUCCAACCAGCACAAGCCACUGACCUGCCUGUGGUUCAGCCCAGCAGCCAACAACUAGAACAGGCCAGCUCUCAGUUUGUGGCCCAGUUCAGCAGCCAUCUAGCACAAGCCAACUACCCACCUGUGGCUCAGCCCAGUGUCCAGCCAGCACAAGCCACUGACCUGCCUGUGGUUCAGCCCAGCAGCCAACAAGUUCAGGCCAGCCAAUCUGUUGCCCAGUCCGGUGGACAGCAACCAGCACAUGGCAGCUAUGUGUCUGAGGCACAGCCCAGUAGCCAACAAGCACAAGCCAACUUCCAAUCUGUGGCCCAGGCCAGCAGCCAGCAAUUCCCACAGGCCACUGACCUGUCUGUGGGUCAGCCCAGCAGCCAACUAGCACAAGCCAGCUACCAAUCUGUGGCCCAGGCCAGCAGCCAGCAAUCCCCACAGGCCAUUGACCUGUCUGUGGCUCAGCUCAGCAGCCAGCAACUCCCUCAUGCCGUUGACUUGUCAAUGUCCCGGCCCAGCAUCCAACAACCAGUGCAAGACAGUGGCCAGUCUGUAGCCCAAACCUCCAGCCAGCAACUAGUUCAGGCCAGCCAAUCUGUUCAGUCCAGUGGACAACUAGCACAGGGCAGCUAUAUGUAUGUGGCACAGCCCAGUAGCCUGACUCCUUUCAAGCCCCAUAACGGUAGGCUUCAAUUUGGUUCUAAGCUCCUUUCUGUUACCAGGCCACUCCAGAAUCCAAGUCAUAGCUCUGUAGUUCAGUCCAGUAGCCAACGACCAGCACAAGUCAGCUAUCAGUCCGUGUCCCAAACGGUUAGGCCACAAGUUGCACAAGUCAGCAGCCAACAGUCACCACAAGCCAGCUACUCUGUGACUCCGCCAAGCAGCCUGCAAACAGCACUAUCCCGCUACCAGUCUGUAGUCCAGCAUGGUGAACCAAUUGUGUUCAAGCCACUGCAGGCCCAAGGGGAACAACUUUAUCAGGUUGGCUCCAAACUUUAUUCAUGCCAGGAGUAUGUAUUGCAGCCCAGUUACCAGCUUGCAGCCCAACCAGGAUGGACUGAAUAUCAGCCUCCAUCCAGACCAGCAUCUCCAUCCUUAGCUCAGAGCAUCAAACCUGUUGUACAACCUAGUUACCAGGUCCCAGUCAAGCCUGGGCAGGACACCUAUGUGUCUGUGGUGUCACCCAGCAGCCAUGUCCCUCCUGGACCACUGCAAUCAACACUCCAGUCCACUUUCAGACUAGCACAACUGCCUGAACAGCCUAGCUACCAACCUCCAGUUCUUCCAAGCCGACAGCCUCUUGCUAAGCACAGACUGCCCAGUUAUGGUUCUGUGUCACCGCUCAGUGGACUGCAAUCUGGACCUCUGAGGCAAUUGCAACAGCCUGGCUACCAACCUCUGGCCAAGCCAAGGCAAGAUGUGUAUCAGCCCCUAGUUAAGCCUGUGCAAUCCAGCUACAAACCCUCAAGCAAGCUAGAACCAUCUAUCUACCAGCCUCAAAUGUUGCCUAGCCACCAGUCACUAGCUCAGUCUGGCUACUCUUCCCAAGUCAUGCCAAAACAAUCCGGAUACCAGGCACAGUCAAGUUCUGAGACAAUCUCUCAGUCUGGAUACCUGAUGUCUUCUAUGGCAGGGCAGUCCGGUUCCCAGCCUCAAAUGCUGCCUAGCCGCCAGUCACUAGCUCAGUCUGGCUACUUAUCCCCAGCCAUUCCAGUGCGGUCUCGGUACAAGCCCCAGGUACAGUCAAGUUAUGAAACCGUAUCGCAGCCUGGGUUCCAAACAUCUAUGCCUGGGCAGUCAGGUUACCAAUCUGUAUCCAGAUCAAGUUCCCAAGCCCUGGUGCAGCCCAGUAGUCGCUUCGUUUCAAGCUACGAGUCUGCGUCUCAGUCAGUGCAACCUGGGCUUCGGUAUCCAGCACUGAAUUAUCAGCCCGUCACAAACCAGAAUGCUCCUGGACCAGCUCAAAGUAGCCGGCAUUUGUCCCAAAGCAGAUCCAGGUUGUUGCAACAACUGAAGUCAUAGCUGUUUACUUGUGUCUGCAGUUUUCUGGUUGUGGAUAAUGUUCAUUUUGAACGUAUCAAUAAAAUGUAAUUAGCAAGUAUUUCUGUGGGUUUUUAAGUGAAGACUAACUGUCUUACCUUUUGUUGGUGGUUGACAAAUCUGUAA